AUGACAGCACCGAAGAAUGUGUUCUUCUGGAAUACAAAUAGAUCUCCUGCGGAACCAGAUGGAGGAGCAGGGCAAGAUUGUGUGUUUAUAUAUAAGGAUGAAUCAGGAGGGGAGAUGACUAACAGAGACAAUGCAUGGGGUGAUGACGGCUGCAACAAAAACCACAACUACAUCUGUGGUGAACCGGCCUACGUGCUUGUGCCAGAUGUGGAGAAUCAAUGUAUUGAUGCCACCCAAGCACCUGUUUCACUGAACUGGGCUGAGGUUACUGCCAUAAACAAGACGACGGAAACAGUCAACGGUCCCAUCACUUGUACGGCGGACUCGGGAGGUGGAACUAGCAUCACCCUCACCGGAGGAGACUUUGGACUAGGGUCCCAUACAAUCAACUGCUCAGUUACGUUUUCCGAUUCCAGUAGUGACUCGUCCAGUUUCACCUUCGCUGUAGCAGCUUCUCCAUCUCUAACGGUACCGACGGUUAGCACCCAGACUCUUGGGACAGGCCAAUCAACAGUCACAGUGGUUUGGGCCGAGGUAACCGCCACAAAUUCUGACGCUCAGCCCAUCACGUGCUCAGACUCUGGCGAUGGUACCGGUCUGAGUGUGACCGGGGGUGACUUUGGUCUUGGAUCCCACACAGUCACCUGCAACGUGACUAACUCGGAUGGUUGCACGGCAGCAGAGAGCUUCACAUUUGAGGUUACAGAAUCAACACCGACUACUGCUGAACCUUCAACAAUGCAACCAACCACAGUCGGGCCAACUACGCAAGCCAAUCAACCAACCACAGACGGGCCAACUACGCAAGCCAAUCAACCAACCACAGAAGGACCGACUACGCAAGCCAAUCAACCAACCACAGACGGGCCAACUACGCAAGCCAAUCAACCAACCACAGACGGACCAACUACACAAGGGCCAACUACACAAGCCAAUCAACCAACCACAGAAGGACCGACUACGCAAGCCAAUCAACCAACCACAGAGGGGCUAACUACGCAAGGCAAUCAACCAACCACAGAGGGGCCAACUACACAAGCCAAUCAACCAACCACAGAAGGACUGACUACGCAAGCCAAUCAACCAACCACAGAGGGGCUAACUACGCAAGGCAAUCAACCAACCACAGAGGGGCCAACUACACAAGCCAAUCAACCAACCACAGAGGGACCAACUACACAAGCCAAUCAACCAACCACAGAGGGGCCAACUACACAAGCCAAUCAACCAACCACAGAGGGGCCAACUACACAAGCCAAUCAACCAACCACAGACGGGCCAACUACACAAGGGCCAACUACACAAGCCAAUCAACCAACCACAGAAGGACCAACUACGCAAGACAAUCAACCAACCACAGAGGGGCCAACUACACAAGCCAAUCAACCAACCACAGACGGGCCAACUACGCAAGGCAAUCAACCAACCACAGAAGGACAAACUACACAAGCCAAUCAACCAACCACAGAGGGACCAACUACACAAGCCAAUCAACCAACCACAGACGGGCCAACUACGCAAGGCAAUCAACCAACCACAGAAGGACAAACUACACAAGCCAAUCAACCAACCACAGAUCUAGAGGGACCAACUACACAAGGACCAGUGUCAGCCACAACAAUGCAGUCUUCAACACCAGGUCUGAGAUCCGUCAACAUUGUACUGAGUAUUGUAGGAGUAAAUAACACCGCUCUCAACUCCUCAGACUUCACCGAUCCUAACUCUGCAGCUUCUAUGGAGUUGGCAGAACUGGUGGCCAGAGUGAUUGCAAGUGUACUUGGAGAGAAUGCGACAACAAGCGAUAUUGAAUCGGUCAGUGGUGCGAUUUCCAUUGGACCAGAUGGUGUAGUUUUCACAGGUGAUGUAUUCGUCCCAGUGGAUUCGCCUGUAACUGCUGACACCAUCAUGGAAGUCUUAUCCAAUCAAGCUGCUGCAGCACCCUUAACUGAUGGACAGAGUACUCUGGAUGUGGACCCUGCAGUUACUGCUAUGGAUGAAGAUAAUUGUGAUCCCAACCCUUGUAUGAAUGGAGGUAGUUGCGCGGAUGGCAUCAAUAGCUACGUCUGUACUUGUGUAGAAGGAUUUACAGAAAAUGACUGUGAAACUGGUCUGAGAUCAGUCAACAUUGUACUGAAUAUUGUAGGAGUAAAUGGCACCAAUCUAAACACCUCAGACUUGACAGAUCCUAACUCUGCAGCUUCGAUGGAGUUGGCAGAACUGGUGGCCAGAGUGAUUGCAAGCGUACUUGGAGAGAAUGCGACAACAAGCGACGUUGAAUCUGUUAUUGGUGGGAUAUCCAUUGGACCAGAUGGUGUAGUUUUCACAGGUGAUGUAUUCGUCCCAGUGGAUUCACCUGUAACUGCUGAAACCAUCAUGGAAGUCUUAUCCAAUCAAGCUGCUGCAGCACCCUUAACUGAUGGACAGAGUACUCUGCAUGUGGACCCUGCAGUUACCGCUAUGGAUGAAGAUAAUUGUGAUCCCAACCCUUGUAUGAAUGGAGGUAGUUGCACGGAUGGUGUCAAUAGCUACGUCUGUACUUGUGUAGAGGGAUUCACUGGAAAUGACUGUGAAAUAGGUCUGAGAUCAGUAACCAUUGUCCUGAAUGUCAGAGGAGUAAAUGGCACCGCCCUCAUCUCCUCAGACUUCACCGAUCCCAACUCUGCAGCUUCAAUGGAGUUGGCGGAACUGGUGGCCAGAGUGAUUGCAAGUGUACUUGGAGAGAAUGCCACAACUAGUGACGUUGAAUCUGUUAUUGGUGGGAUAUCUGUUGGACCAGAUGGUGUAGUUUUCACAGGUGAUGUAUUCGUCCCAGUGGAUUCGCCUGUAACUGCUGAAACCAUCAUGGAAGUCUUAUCCAAUCAAGCUGCUGCAGCACCCUUAACUGAUGGACAGAGUACUCUGGAUGUGGACCCUGCAGUCACUGCUAUGGAUGAAGAUAAUUGUGAUCCCAAUCCUUGUAUGAACGGAGGUAGUUGCACGGAUGGUGUCAACAGCUACAUCUGCACUUGUGCAGAGGGAUUCACUGGAAAUGACUGUGAAAUAGGUCUGAGAUCAGUCACCAUUGUCCUGAAUGUCAGAGGAGUAAAUGGCACCGCCCUCAUCUCCUCAGACUUCACCGAUCCCAACUCUGCAGCUUCGAUGGAGUUGGCGGAACUGGUGGCAAGAGUGAUUGCAAGUGUACUUGGAGAGAAUGCCACAACUAGCGACGUUGAAUCUGUUAUUGGGGGGAUAUCUGUUGGACCAGAUGGUGUAGUUUUUACAGGUGAUGUAUUCGUCCCAGUGGAUUCGCCUGUAACUGCUGACACCAUCAUGGAAGUCUUAUCCAAUCAAGCUGCUGCAGCACCCUUAACUGAUGGACAGAGUACUCUGGAUGUGGACCCUGCAGUCACUGCUAUGGAUGAAGAUAAUUGUGAUCCCAAUCCUUGUAUGAAUGGAGGUAGUUGCGCGGAUGGUGUCAAUAGCUACGUCUGUACUUGUGUAGAGGGAUUCACUGGAAGCGACUGCGAAAUAGGUCUGAGAUCAGUAACCAUUGUCCUGAAUGUCAGAGGAGUAAAUGGCACCGCUCUCAACUCCUCAGACUUCACCGAUCCCAACUCUGCAGCUUCAAUGGAGUUGGCGGAACUGGUGGCCAGAGUGAUUGCAAGUGUACUUGGAGAGAAUACCACAACUAGCGACGUUGAAUCUGUUAUUGGUGGGAUAUCUGUUGGACCAGAUGGUGUAGUUUUCACAGGUGAUGUAUUCGUCCCAGUGGAUUCACCUGUAACUGCUGAAACCAUCAUGGAAGUCUUAUCCAAUCAAGCUGCUGCAGCACCCUUAACUGAUGGACAGAGUACUCUGAAUGUGGACCCUGCAGUCACUGCUAUGGAUGAAGAUAAUUGUGAUCCCAACCCUUGCAUGAACGGAGGUAGUUGCGCGGAUGGUGUCAAUAGCUACGUCUGUACUUGUGUAGAGGGAUUCACUGGAAACGACUGUGAAAUAGGUCUGAGAUCAGUCACCAUUGUCCUGAAUGUCAAAGGAGUAAAUGGCACUGCCCUGGUCUCCUCAGACUUCACCGAUCCUAACUCUGCAGCUUCGAUGGAGUUGGCGGAACUGGUGGCCAGAGUGAUUGCAAGUGUACUUGGAGAGAAUGCCACGACUAGCGACGUUGAAUCGGUCAGUGGUGCGAUUUCCAUUGGACCAGAUGGUGUAGUUUUCACAGGUGAUGUAUUCGUCCCAGUGGAUUCGCCUGUAACUGCUGAAACCAUCAUGGAAGUCUUAUCCAAUCAAGCUGCUGCAGCACCCUUAACUGAUGGACAGAGUACUCUGGAUGUGGACCCUGCAGUUACUGCAAGGGAUGAAGAUAACUGUGAUCCCAACCCUUGUAUGAAUGGAGGUAGUUGCACGGAUGGUGUCAAUAGCUACGUCUGCGCUUGUGUAGAGGGGUUCACCGGACACGACUGUGAAAUUGGUGUGAGAUCUGUUACAGUUGUACUGAACGUCAGAGGAGUAAACGGCUCUGCUCUGGACCCUGCAGACUACACGGAUCCUAACUCUGCAGCGUCCAGGGAGUUGGCCGACCUGGUGGCAAGAGUGAUUGCAAGUGUACUUGGAGAGAAUGCCACAACUAGCGAUGUUGAAUCUGUUAUUGGUGGGAUAUCUGUUGGACCAGAUGGUGUAGUUUUCACAGGUGAUGUUUUCGUCCCAGUGGAUUCGCCUGUAACUGCUGAAACCAUCAUGGAAGUCUUAUCCAGUCAAGCUGCUGCAGCACCCUUAACUGAUGGACAGAGUUCACUGGAUGUGGACCCUGCAGUUACUGCAAGGGAUAACUGUGAUCCCAACCCAUGUAUGAAUGGAGGAUCUUGUCAAGAUGGCACUAAUAGCUAUGUUUGCACUUGUGUGGAGGGAUUCACAGGAAACGAGUGUGAAAUAGAUAUUGAUGAUUGUGAUCCCGACCCUUGCAUGAAUGGGGGAGCCUGUCACGACGGCGUGAACAGCUACACCUGUACUUGUGUAGAAGGUUUCACAGGAAGCGACUGUGAGACAGACAUCGACGAUUGUAAUCCCAACCCUUGCUUGAGCGGGGAAACCUGUGAAGACGGCAUCAAUCGUUUCACCUGCACCUGUAUUCAAAGAAAUUGCCAGACAGAUCCUUGUGUAUUGAAUCCUGGCCUCUGUGCAGCGACACCUGGCCAGUACUGCCUGCCAGUCCCCUUCAGUGAACUCCCUGCUAGGUACAGGUGUGCCUGUCGGGAACUCGAUGGAUAUUUCUGGGACAGUUCUGCAAACCGCUGCACCCAAAACGGAUUCCGAGCAGUCACGAUAGAAAUGAAUGUCGAAGGGAUCAACGGUACUGCAUUAGGUUUAGGCGACAUAAGUACACCUGGGUUGUUGGCAGUGGUGGCUAAAGUGAUUCAAUCUGAGCUGGGACUUAUGCCAGCAACAAGCGACAUAAACCAAGUCCAUCCAGUCCAGUUGGUUGUAAGAGACGGCAGAGUGAUGUUCAUGGGCGUCGUCCAGGUCCCAGCAGAGUCGACCAUCACCGCACGAGUCAUCGAGUCGAUGUUGUCGACACUGUCAUCAUCGAGAGCACUAACAGACGGACAGACCACACUGAAUGUGGACCCUCAAGUUACUGCUAUGGUCUCCACAACUGCUUGCCCGCCCAACUUCUGUCAGAACGGAGGGACGUGUGAUGUGUCUGGCAAUUAUCCAGCCUUUGAUUAUACAUGCAGAUGUGCCACUGCAUUCACAGGCUCCAACUGCGAGUCAGUUAUUCCUGUACCUACGGAGAAACCAGUUACUUUUGCCCCAACCAUGGCGCCAGGUGACUCCAUGUCACUGUUGACGGCUGUGCUGAUUCUGCUGGCCGUGAUAGCCCUGUUGCUGGUUCUGUCCUGCCUCUGUUGUUUCUUGGCCCUCCGACUACGAAGACGGCGGCGUAGGUAUCCGGUGUAUGAGCGGCGAGUCAUGUACGCGUACUUCAAUCCCGUUGCAGGGAGGACAAUGAAGCGGCCCGAGUUUGUCACGCCCUACGUAGCGAGCGGCCAGGAAGCUAGAAACUACUAUGACCAGAGGGCUUUUGAAGGGAAGUAUCCAGUUGCUGGCCGCGUUGUCAAAAACCCCAUCCUAGCAGAAGCAUCAGUCUAGCUGCGACUCUGCAAUUCUUCGCUGUAAUUAAAAGGAAAUUGGUAGAUCUCUUUCUUUAUCAAAUUUAAAAUGUCCGUCUUUAACUUGAUCAUUUUGAUGUACUGCAUCCAUCGUAGAACUGUACUUUCGCCACCAGCUUAAGCUGCUUUAACUACAGCAACCCUUUCAAGACAGUUGGGUAUUUGUAUUUAUAAGUUAUAAGCCUAGCUGCACUUCUUUUCUGUUCUGUUCUUUGUUCUGUGCACAUUUUGUAUAUUAAGGUUAAAGACUUUGUACAAAUUAGCAAUUAAGCAAAUUAAGCAAUGGGCCAAAAAGCAAUAUACUGUGUAUCUGGGCCAAAUUUCAUGGCAUGCUUACCAAAGAAUCCGUGCUUGCGAUCACCAUUUUGUGCUAACCGCGCUAGCAGAAAAAUUCUGUGCUAGCCCUGUAAGCACAGAAUCCUUAGUUACGAAAUUCCUCGCUGACCCGUGAAAUACGCUAAGCAGGGAAUAUUCCGCUCUAGUAAGCAGGGAUUUUUCGCUGCCGGUCAGCAGAGCCAAGAAAUCAGGCCCCAGUAACCCACCAACCCUAAAAUUGGGGUUGACAUUUGACAUUUUUGAAAAACAUAAAAAAAAUUAUAGCGUGAAGCUUGCCUGAGAGCUAAUGUGAUUGUUGCAUAAUUUCGGGCUUUGCAAUGACAAGCUGGAAAACAUUCUUACAGUUACAGCCAAAUCUUCCUCUAAGCUGGAGAAAUCUUCCUCAAAGCUGGAGAAUAUUGGUACAGUGUACCAGCCUCUUGUGUAAAUAUUUAUAUACUCUAUAUUUAUAGAACCUUAACAGUAAAAUGCAUAUUUUGCAACUUUGAGUCUAAUUUUGUAUAUUUUUUGAGUGUGUAAUUUUUUAAAUUUUUUUUAGGAAUUUUUUUUAAUAAAUAUGUUUUAUUUGAUUUGUGAGACUAAGUCAAGUUUAAGGCAUUCUGAUAUGACUUCAAGUUUGAUAUCAUUAAUGCCAAACAUAUUCGUAAUUAAAGUAAAACUUUGGGUUUAUUGAAAAACAAUAUGGUCAAA